AGAAGCCAAGGCGCCUGGAAGGGGCCGCGCGCCGUGGUGGAGUAAGCAGGCAUCCCUGGGAGCACUUCUCCACACCCAGAGCUUUCAUGUGAGCGAUUUCGCUCUCCCUCUGAGCGCCCUGUUUUCUCAACUGUCUCUGCCUCCAGAGCAUCUGCUCUCUGGGGCUGGGAGUGGCUGGGAUUCUUGCCAGCGGUCCAGAGUGUGAGACUCACACUGCCCCGCGCCUCGCCAGAGCUGGAAAGGGCGCGGGUCCGGAGCGAGGGCCGAUCUGGUGUGUUUGAUGGCUUCACUGAGAAGAGUCAAAGUGCUGCUGGUGUUGAACUUGAUAGCGGUGGCCGGCUUCGUGCUCUUUCUGGCCAAGUGCCGGCCCAUCGCAUUGCGCAGCGGAGACGGCUUCCACGAGAUUCGGCCGCGUGCCGAGGUGGCCAACCUCAGCGCGCACAGCGCCAGCCCCAUCCAGGAUGCGGUCCUGAAGCGCCUCUCGCUGCUGGAGGACAUCGUCUACAGGCAACUGAAUGGCUUAUCCAAAUCCCUUGGGCUCAUUGAAGGUUAUGGCGGGCGGGGCAAAGGGGGCCUUCCUGCCACCCUUUCCCCAGCUGAAGAAGAAAAAGCCAAGGGCCCCCACGAGAAGUAUGGCUACAAUUCCUACCUCAGUGAGAAAAUCUCGCUGGAUCGUUCUAUUCCGGAUUAUCGCCCCACCAAGUGUAAGGAGCUGAAGUACUCCAAGGAGCUGCCCCAGAUAUCCAUCAUUUUCAUCUUUGUGAACGAGGCCCUGUCGGUGAUCCUGCGGUCGGUCCACAGUGCUGUCAACCACACGCCGACACACCUGCUGAAGGAAAUCAUCCUGGUGGAUGACAACAGUGACGAAGAGGAGCUGAAGGCCCCCUUGGAGGAGUACGUCCACAAACGCUACCCGGGGCUGGUCAAGGUGGUGCGCAAUCAAAAGAGAGAGGGCCUGAUCCGAGCACGUAUCGAGGGCUGGAAGGCGGCCAGCGGCCAGAUCACUGGCUUCUUUGAUGCCCACGUGGAAUUCACCGCAGGCUGGGCCGAGCCGGUUCUCUCCCGAAUCCAGGAGAACAGGAAGCGCGUGAUCCUCCCGUCCAUCGACAACAUCAAGCAGGACACCUUUGAGGUGCAGCGGUACGAGAACUCGGCCCACGGGUACAGCUGGGAGCUGUGGUGCAUGUACAUCAGCCCCCCGAAAGACUGGUGGGACGCCGGAGACCCUUCUCUCCCCAUCAGAACACCAGCCAUGAUUGGCUGCUCCUUCGUGGUCAACAGGAAGUUCUUUGGUGAAAUCGGUCUUCUGGACCCUGGGAUGGAUGUGUAUGGAGGAGAAAAUAUCGAACUUGGAAUCAAGGUGUGGCUCUGCGGGGGCAGCAUGGAGGUCCUGCCUUGCUCACGGGUGGCCCACAUCGAACGGAAGAAGAAGCCAUACAACAGCAACAUCGGCUUCUACACCAAGAGGAAUGCUCUCCGGGUGGCUGAGGUCUGGAUGGACGAUUACAAGUCUCAUGUGUACAUAGCGUGGAACCUGCCGCUGGAGAACCCAGGAAUUGACAUAGGUGAUGUCUCUGAAAGAAGAGCCUUAAGGAAAAGUUUAAAGUGUAAAAAUUUCCAGUGGUACCUGGACCACGUUUACCCAGAAAUGAGAAGAUACAACAACACCAUUGCAUACGGGGAGCUUCGAAACAACAAGGCAAAAGACGUCUGCUUGGACCAGGGGCCACUGGAGAACCACACAGCAAUACUGUACCCAUGCCACGGCUGGGGACCCCAGCUCGCCCGCUACACCAAGGAAGGCUUUUUGCACUUGGGAGCCCUGGGGAGCACCACGCUCCUCCCUGACACCCGCUGCCUGGUAGACAACUCCAAGAGUCGGUUGCCCCAGUUGCUUGACUGUGACAAGGUCAAGAGCAGCCUGUACAAGCGGUGGAACUUCAUCCAGAACGGAGCCAUUAUGAACAAGGGCACGGGGCGCUGCCUGGAGGUGGAGAACCGGGGCCUGGCUGGCAUUGACCUCAUCCUCCGCAGCUGCACGGGCCAGAGGUGGACGAUUAAGAAUUCCAUCAAGUAGUGGGGGGAGCUGGGGACCCGGAGCCUGGCCUCUCGGACGGGGUCAGCCACCCUGGUGGAGAGACAGCCGGGAGCCAGCAGGUGCUCAUGGGCGUCCGGGGCUUCUCCAGGGCAGCGUGGGGGCCCAGAUGGAGACACUGUGUCCGCAUCAGACACUCAGCUUCCAUGAGGCUCCUGCACCCUGGAAAAGCACCCCCCACCCCUUCUCUGGGAACCCAGGAGCUGUGUCUUCUGCAGCCCUGAUGUAGAUCUGGACCAAGGAGCGAAACAUCCACAUCUCUGCCGUCAUCUUUCCACCCACUGUCAGGACUGACUGGCAGGGGCCUCUCCUCUCUCUCAUCUUUUACAGCAGCAGCUUCAAUUCCACCCCGGCCCUCAAUAAAGUGUGUGGGGGGGGCUAAGCCAUGUCCUAGCUCCCCUUGCUCAGGGGAGGCAGCAAGGCCUGAGACUCAGUUUCCCCUGAGGUUUCUUCUGCCCAGAUGUCCAUUCACAACCAAGGCAGCCUCCAGCCCAAACCUUUCCAUUAGGUGGCGCUGGGGGCUACAGCUCUGGAUUUUUCUGGACCCUCCCCUAGAUGGCCAGUGAGGAGCUGACACUUCCAUGGCCACCUGGGCAUUAAUUAGGCUCCUAUGUUCCUGGGCCAGCUCUUCUGUCCAAAUCUGGAGGGAGCUGAGACAGGAACAAGCUGAGCACACAGGGUGGCCUGAGCUGUGAGGCCCCCAGGUUGGAGCCAGGUCAGUGUCACUCUGCCUUCCCAGGGAACAGGGAGCCCUGACUCACGGGGCCUCCCACAGGGGGAGCAGCAAGAGGCCUCCACCUGGACCUCUAGGACUGGAGCCAGCACAGCUUAGGGGCCAGGACCCUUGAGGAUGCUCUGUGCCCAUCUCAUUUCAGCCCAUGUUCCACUGGCUGACAGGGGAGAAGGCAGUCGAUUCCUCUCUGAAGAGUAAUAAUUUUUUUUCGAUUGCCCUCUGGUUAGGGUGCACUUAUAAAUCAGAGUUAAUAUAUGGACGUGUGUGCAUGCGUAUGCGUAUGUGUGCCUGUGUGGUGCGUGGCAGGGCGUGUGCAGCUGCAUGUGCGUG